ACACUGACGUCACUUCCUUCGUUAGCCUGUGAGAAGGUUCGGUUCCGGAGAGAGACUUCCGGCCCGUCACCCCGGCAACCGGCGAUAGGAGAAGAAGAAAACGGAACCCAGAGGCGGACUACAGAGCGGAACUGUGCAGGUGCCGGUACGGUGACCGCUCGUAUGACCGAAUGCAGACACACGUGCCCGUCAUUCACCAUGGAUGACCCAGAGAUGGCAGAACUGGAGAGUAUGGUGGUGGAUGAACUUGGUAUAUCUAUGAAGGAGUUACGUGAAUUCAUAGACCGAGAGGUGGAAAAGAAUGAGUUAGUGAAACAGAAGAAAGCCCAGCUACUAGAACUAGAGGAGCUGGUGAAACAGAAAGAGGAGGAGGUGGCCAGUGUGGACAACCUGUAUGACAAUGCUUCCAGGUCUCUUGAUGACUGUGAGACGUUGGUGAAGACUCUAUAUAAAGAGAUGGGCAUUACAUACAAAGAGAGCAGCUCAGAUGAUGAAUUGUCUAAGCCGGUGGAAGUCAUUGAAAUUCCAGAUGAGGAUGACGACGAUGUUAUGAGUGUGGGAUCAACUGAAGGUGUUCGCAAGACACCAAAAGAGAAACACCUUUUAAAAAAUGCAAUGGCUGCCAUGAAGAAGUGCAAGGCGGAUGUGCAAAACCUAGUGGAUGCAAUUCAUAAGAAGUCAGAGGUAAUGGGACCACAGACGCGAUUCUCCUCUCACCCAUCAUCGCCCAAUAGUUCAAUGGGUGGAUCCAACCUAGCCAACACAACCAAUGAUGUAAACAAAGAUGGAGACCUUGUUGUGGGUAUGCGUAUACUGGGAAAGAAGAGGACCAAGACCUGGCAUAAAGGAACUCUGAUCUCCAUCCAGAUGGUUGGACCUGGAAAAAAAUACAAAGUCAAAUUCGAUAACAAGGGAAAGAGCCUUCUGUCUGGGAACCACAUAGCCUAUGAUCACCACCCUUCACCAGACAAACUGUUUGUAGGGAGUAGGGUGGUGGCCAAGUACAAGGAUGGAAACCAAGUGUGGCUUUAUGCUGGCAUUGUAGCUGAGCCCCCCAGCAACAAGAAUAAGAUGAGGUUUCUGAUAUUCUUUGAUGAUGGCUAUGCUUCCUAUGUCACACAGUCAGAACUCUACCCUGUCUGCAGACCACUUACCAAAUCCUGGGAGGACAUUGAAGAUGUGUCAUGUCGAGACUUCAUUGAAGAAUAUGUCACUGCCUAUCCCAAUCGCCCUAUGGUUCUUCUCAAAAGUGGUCAGGCGAUCAAGACAGAGUGGGAGGGGACCUGGUGGAAAUCCAGGGUGGAGGAAGUGGAUGGCAGUCUGGUGAAAAUUUUGUUUCUGGAUGAUAAGCGAUGUGAGUGGAUCUAUAGAGGAUCCACUCGUCUGGAGCCCAUGUUUAGCAUGAAGACUUCCACGGCUACUACUCAAGAGAAAAAACAAGCAGGACAACAAAGAACGCGCCCCAAUGUGGGUGCUGUAAGAAGUAGAGGGCCUGUAGUACAGUACACACAUGACCUAACUGGUAGCGAGUCUCCAUUUAAGCCUGUGGAGCCCUCCUCUCCUCAGUCUAUACCAUCACCGCAACUUAUCGACACAGACUCUGACAGCCAACAAGCACAGUCUAAGAAGCAAGUGGCCAAGAAGAGUACAUCGUUCCGUCCUGGAUCUACAGGCUCUGGGCCGUCCUCUCCAAUAACUGUUGAGCCCACCACUGGAUUAAGCCCUAUUGUUCCAAACCAACCCAAACAAACGUCUCAACCCAAUCAAACGUCUCAACCCAAUCAAACGUCUCAGCCCAGCCAAACGUUUCAGCCCAGCCAAACGUUUCAGCCCAGCCAAACGUUUCAACCCAACCAAACGUUUCAGCCCAGCCAAACGUUUCAGCCCAGCCAAACGUUUCAGCCCAGCCAAACGUUUCAGCCCAGCCAAACGUUUCAGCCCAGCCAAACGUUUCAGCCCAGCCAAACGUUUCAGCCCAACCAAACGUUUCAGCCCAACCAAACGUUUCAGUCCAACCAAACGUUUCAAUCCAACCAAACGUUUCAAUCCAACCAAACGUUUCAGUCCAACCAAACGUUCCAGCCCAUCCAAACAAUUCAGACGAUCCAAGCAAUUCAGACUUUUCCGACAAUACAGACUAUUCAAGCUAUUCAACCUAAUCAAACCAUCCAGACCAUACAAGUAGCACAGCCUAAUAGGUUUGUUACCACGAAUAUCCCAUUCCAGAUUAUCCACACCAAUCAAAUGCCGACAGAGAUAAACUACAGGGCCCCUGCGGACAAACUCUUCUACCUACCUCAUACAUGUAACCACAAUUGCUUGUCACGUGUUCGUGCCAUCUCCCAUAGGGGCAAAAAUCCCCUACUAGUCCCACUGCUCUAUGAUUUCCGGCGUAUGACUGCUCGGAGGCGCGUCAACCGCAAGAUGGGAUUCCACGUCAUAUACAAAACACCAUGUGGGCUGAGUCUCCGUACCAUGCCAGAAAUAGAGCGAUACCUCUUUGAGUCAAACUGUGACAAACUGUUUUUAGAAAUGUUCUGCCUUGACCCUUAUGUGUUGGUUGACCGCAAGUUUCAGCCUCAGAAACCUUUUUAUUACAUACCAGACAUCACCAAUGGCAGGGAGGAUGUGCCACUUUCCUGCGUUAAUGAGAUUGACAGGACACCCCCUCCACAGGUAGAUUACAGCAAGGAGCGUAUUCCCGGCAGAGGAGUCUUUAUUAACACUGGCUUGGACUACCUGGUGGGAUGUGAUUGCACGGAUGGAUGUCGAGACAGGUCCAAAUGUGCUUGUCAUCAGUUGACGAUUGAGGCCACUGGCUGCACACCCGGGGCACAGAUUAACCCAGCAGCAGGUUAUACUCACAAGAGACUGGAAGAAUGUCUGCCGACUGGGGUGUACGAAUGCAACAGGAGAUGUAAAUGCAAUCUCAAUAUGUGCAAUAAUCGUCUAGUACAGCAUGGCCUCCAAGUGCGUCUCCAGCUCUUUAAAACCCAGAACAAGGGCUGGGGGAUUCGCUGUCUGGAUGAUAUAGCGAAGGGUUCCUUCGUAUGUAUAUAUGCAGGUAAAAUCCUGACAGAUGACUUUGCGGACAAGGAAGGUCUAGAGAUGGGUGAUGAAUACUUUGCUAACUUGGACCACAUUGAAAGUGUGGAAAACUAUAAAGACGGAUAUGAAAGUGACGUCAAGUCGUCCUCUGACAGUAGUGGUGUAGACCUCAAGGGGGAUGGAGAAGAAAACAGUGUUAGUGAUGACCAGGAGGAGUCCAACGAUGAUAGCUCCGAUGACAACUUUGGUAAGAAUGAGGAGAUUAACACCAGCUCUGUGUGGCGGAGCUAUGCUACACGCCGACAAACCAGAGGACAGAAGGAAAAUGGCACUUCAGAGACUGCCUCGAAGGACUCUGCUUUAGUAAGACAAACCAGCCAAGAGGAGAACACGGACUGCAAACUACCGGAGGAGACCUCCAAAAAUAAGGUGGCUUCUUGGCUGAGCUCGAACACUAUGACAGACACAUGCAUGGACUCUGAUAGCAGGUCGUCACUCAAAAUGGGAGAUGCUUCUGAUGCAGACAAACUGCCAAAGAAGGAGGAACAUGGGAAGGACACUGAUGAAGCUGCCAAGCCUGGGCAUGGAGAAAGUAACAGAUUAUAUGGUUACAACCCAACCCCAGCAAAGCCUCAGGGUAUCAAGAGACCGGUCAGCAAAACCUCUAUGCACCAGAGCAGGCGACAGUCCAACAAACAGACCACUGAGGAGGUCUUGACAUUAUCCAGCAGCUCAGAAAGUUUAGAUGGAACCAAGAAGCCUGCUGCCCAGACAAAUGCUAAUGAUAGCGAUGACAUUCAGACCAUCUCCUCCGGCUCUGAUGUAGAUGAGGACAAGAAGAAUGUCGCCUUCAACAAAGGUGGACCGGCGGUAAAGAGACAAGUAGCUGUAAAGUCCACCCGAGGAUUUGCCUUAAAGUCCACCUAUGGCAUCACAGUUAAACCAAACAUGGCAGCUGACAGGGGAGAAGGAGGACCCGGGCGUAGGACGACCCGUCAGUUUUAUGAUGGAGAGGAAUCCUGUUACAUCAUUGAUGCCAAGUUGGAAGGAAACUUGGGACGAUACUUGAACCACAGCUGCAGUCCUAACCUGUUUGUCCAGAACGUGUUUGUGGAUACUCAUGACCUGCGCUUCCCCUGGGUAGCUUUCUUUGCCAGCAAGAGGAUACGAGCUGGCACCGAGCUGACCUGGGAUUAUAACUACGAGGUGGGGAGCGUGGAGGGCAAGAAGCUUUUGUGUUGCUGUGGAUCCACAGAAUGCAGAGGGCGUCUGCUGUAAUUCCAUUUUGCCAAAUAUCAAAUCCUGGUGCUGAAAUCAGAUUUCCACGUCAUGGCAGUUUUUCACAUAAGUGUUUCCCCCUGUUCCAUUUUCACCCCUAAAGGCAUGUCCCCAUUACUGCUUUCCCAUCCCAGCAAUGGUGGUUUCUGGGGAUGAGGAGAGAUCAGUUUCUUUAUUUGUAGAGUUAUGUAUGGUAUAUUUUUUUUCAUGUCCAAAUAAUAAAAGCUGGAGUUUAAUAAAAGUAUCAUCUUA